CCAGAGCUAUAUGUCCUGCCUUUGGCCUCUCUCGCGAGAAUAUGCAGAUGAGCGUCGCGGGCGCGCGUUGUGUGUGCGCAGCCGGUCGGGGCCUGCAGACGUCUGUGUGUCAGUGAGAGAGGCGUUGGGUGUGGGCCCCGGAUUCGGCCGAGACACGGGGGCUGCGGUGUAGAGCGGCCUCCGCUCCCUCCUGUACCUGAACCUCGCCGAGGAAGGCAGCAGCGCCACUCAGGGAGGGAAGGACCCGGGGCUGGGAGGGGGGAGGGAAUGAAGAUGGCGGACGCUAAACAGAAGAGGAACGAGCAGCUCAAGCGCUGGAUCGGCUCGGAGACGGACCUGGAGCCGCACGUCAUCAAGCGGAAGAAGACCAAAGUGAAGUUCGACGAUGGGGCCGUGUUCCUGGCAGCCUGCUCCAGCGGGGACAGCGACGAGGUGCUCAAGUUACUGGACCGGGGGGCUGACAUCAACUACGCCAAUGUGGACGGGCUGACGGCGCUGCACCAGGCUUGCAUUGAUGAUAACCUUGAGAUGGUGAAGUUUCUUGUGGAGAAUGGGGCCAGUAUUAACCAACCAGAUAAUGAAGGCUGGAUACCACUGCAUGCUGCUUCUUCCUGUGGAUAUGUUGACAUAGCAGAAUAUUUAAUUAGUCAAGGAGCAAAUGUGGGAGCUGUGAAUAGUGAAGGUGACACUCCAUUAGACAUUGCAGAGGAAGAACCCAUGGAAGAACUACUUCAGAAUGAAGUCAAUCGUCAAGGUAUUGAUGUUGAAGCUGCUAGGAAAGAGGAAGAGAGGAUUAUGCUUCGAGAUGCAAGACAGUGGCUAAACAGCGGGCAGAUAAAUGAUGUGCGGCAUUCAAAAUCUGGUGGCACAGCUCUACACGUAGCAGCUGCUAAAGGUUACACUGAAGUUUUAAAGCUUUUAAUUCAAUCAGGUUAUGAUAUUAAUGUUAAAGAUUAUGAUAAUUGGACACCACUCCAUGCAGCAGCUCACUGGGGUAAAGAAGAAGCUUGUAGGAUCCUUGUAGAAAAUCUUUGUGAUAUGGAUGCUGUCAACAAAGUGGGUCAAACUGCAUUUGAUGUUGCAGAUGAAGAUAUUUUAGGCUAUUUGGAAGAACUUCAGAAGAAACAAAAUCUGCUUCUUAGUGAAAAACAAGAGAAAUCUCCUUUAAUUGAGUCAUCAACUACAGAGAACAACCAGUCACUAAAAUCACUGAAAAACAAAGAAACUUUAAUAAUUGAACAUGAGAAGACCAUUGCAAGCAUUGAAUCACUGGAGCAAGAAAAGGUGGAUGAAGAAGAUGACAGAAAAAAAGAUGAAUCCAGUUGUUCCAGUGAGGAAGAAGAGGAGGAGGACUCUGAAUCUGAAGCAGAAACUGAUAAAACCAAACCAUCUGCAAAUACUACAAACAACAAAUCUCAAAUGACCAAUGUACCUGCCCCUGCUUCAACUGUUCCAUCUGGGCAAGUUACACCUACAUCACCUAUAAAGAAGUUCCCUACUCCUGCAACUAAAAUUUCUCCUAAAGAAGAAGAAAGGAAGGAUGAAUCUCCAGCCUCCUGGCGCCUAGGACUGCGCAAGACAGGAAGUUAUGGUGCAUUAUCUGAGAUUACUGCAUCCAAAGAAGGUCAAAAAGAGAGGGACUUCACUGGUGUCAUGCGUUCAGCUUCAAGCCCUAGACUUUCCUCUACCCUAGACAAUAAAGAAAAGGAGAAAGAUUCUAGAGGGACCAGGCUAGCAUAUGUGGCUCCAACAAUACCAAGGCGGCUUGCUAGCACUUCUGACAUAGAAGAAAAAGAGAACAGAGAAUCUUCUAUAGGGCUGUCACGCCUUGGUGGAUCUUAUACAAGAAGAAGAUGGGAAGAUGAUCUAAAGAAGAACAGUUCAGUUAAUGAAAUUUUAAAUACCAGCUAUCAAAGAAGUGGCUCCUUUGGUAGAAGACAAGAUGAUCUCAUAAGUUCUAGUGUUCCAAGUACUACGUCUGGAUCCAUACCAACAAUUACCUCUUCUGGGCUAACACGCAGUCUGUCUAGCACUAUUGGUACUUCAAGGAGUACUCUAGGUUCUUCAGGCUUAUCAAGCAGUACCUCAAACCGUUUGUGGGCAGACGAUAGCUCUGAAAAAGACAAGGAUACUGUCCCUACAGCAGUCACCAUUCCAGUUGCACCAACUGUUGUAAAUCCCACCACUACUUACACAUCUAUGACCACAACUUCCACUGGCACUGUUCCUUCCACAGCGGAGGUCAGGGAAAGACGCAGGUCAUAUCUCACUCCAGUUCGGGAUGAAGAGUCAGAGUCCCAAAGAAAAGCUAGAUCAAGACAAGCAAGACAGUCCAGAAGAUCCACACAGGGUGUAACGUUAACAGACCUCCAGGAAGCAGAGAAAACAAUAGGUAGAAGUCGUCCUACUCAAACAAAAGAUCAGGAAAGUGAAGAAAAACAAGACAAAGAAAAACAGGAGGAAAAGAAAGAAACAGAGAUUAAAAAUGAUGAUUACCGCUAUAGGUUUUCCCGUAGCACGGAAGAGAGGUAUAGGCCAUCAUCAACAAGUACUAGUGCUGUAUCGUCCACGCCAUCACUGUCGUCAUCUACCAGUUCCUUGUAUUCUUCAAGCUUGUUAAACCGGCCAAGCAGCUUAACUGGACUUUCAUCAUCCUACUCAAAUUUAUCAAGAUUUUCAUCAAAAGAGCCAGAAAGAGAUGAGAAAAAAGAGGAGGAGAGAGAGUCAGAGGACAAAUCUCAGUCUAAGUCAAUAAGAGAAAGGCGGCGGCCGAGGGAAAAAAGACGAUCUACAGGGGUGUCUUUUUGGACUCAAGAUAGCGAUGAAAAUGAGCAAGAUCAUCAGUCAGAUACAGAUGACAGCACCAAUAAGAAAGACAGUAGGACUGAUAACACAUUGCGAUAUACAACGGGGAGUACGGGUGUUUUAUCUACUGACAGAUAUGAAUCAAAUAUUGGGUCAUCUAGCUACUUAGAACGGAUUAGGUCUGGUCAUAGUAGAUUAGACAAAGAUGACUCCACAGACUUUAAAAAGUUGUAUGAACAGAUUAUGGCAGAAAAUGAGAAGUUGAAGGCCCAGCUGCAUGACACAAACUUGGAAUUGACCGAGCUUAAGUUACAACUUGAAAAGGCAACACAGAGGCAAGAAAGAUUUGCAGACAGAUCACUUUUAGAAAUUGAAAAAAGGGAAAGAAGAGCUCUGGAGAGACGAAUAUCUGAAAUGGAAGAAGAACUUAAAAUGUUACCCGACCUGAAAGCAGAUAACCAGCGGCUAAAAGAUGAAAAUGGAGCCUUAAUCAGAGUUAUAAGCAAACUUUCCAAAUAAAAUGGUUCGUACGGCAGCAGCGAUUUAACGGCAUUGCACACAAGUUACUCCAGUGGACCAUAACAUGGCAGUCACUGGGAUAUGCGGGGGAAACUACUUGGCGAUUGCAACUUUCAGAUAUCCUGCCAAACUCCCUCUUUUUUUUUUUUUUCUUUUUGUACAAAAAUGUUUGUUUUGUAUUAAAGUGUGGCUGCUGAGGAGAGAAAAUGACUAUGAAUUACUUGUUUACAGUUACAUCGUGCAAGGAAAGUGUUUAAGGCCAGAUGCCUCCUGUAUUUAACCAGUAAGCCUUAGUUGUACAUAAGCAUUUUGCAAUCCAAAAGCUUUCUGCUACUACAAAAGACAGUUACGACACAGUUUUUAUGUUGUGCCACACAUCAAAUCCUUCCUUUUUCACUUUAUUUUUUAUUUUUGUGUAACUGGUGAGGUUUUAACUGAGUGCCAGCAGUUUUCUUAAUGCACUGUUUAUAGGCUGCUUGUUGCAUAAAAGCCUGAACAGGCAAGACUUGGCGGAACAUGUACUUCAGCAGCUGACAGUUCCAAAUUUGAUGUAUUGGUUUACAGCGCCUAUAACUGCAGCACCAAGGCACCAACUUUUUUUUCUUUCUAUUGCUUAUAUUGGACUACUCUUAUGUUAGUCGGGGCAGUUGAAUUUAUCAUUUGUCUAAUAUCCAUUUUUCUCAGUGGAAUACUAGUAACGUGUUGCCUCUCUCCAUCGCUUUUUUUUUUUUUUUAUAAGAAGGCUUCAAUGAGCUUUUCAGUACUGUAGCUUUCACUCAUUUUAGCAGGUACUGAGUGUGUGUGUAUAUAUUUGUGUGCUUGUGUGUGCGUGUGUAUAUAAAUAUAUAUAAAUAUAUAUAACUAUAUAUAGAUAUUCUACCCUAUAUCUAUAUAUACAUAUAUAUGGAGAUUCCUUAUUGUGUUUCCAUACCACUGUGUGGCAUGCUCAACUUGGCCUCUUUGCAGCGUCUGUUACUCCAGGUUAAAGAUUGUUCCUCAAUAGUGAUCUUAAUAAAGUUCAGUCAUUUUAUGGUAUCUUGGUCUGUUUUACAGAGGCGUGACUUCAAUUAUAGCUGUAAAAAAAAUCUGGUUAUGUUAUUUUCUUAAGUCACAACUAUUAAACAUAUAUAUUAUUUCACUACAUUUCAUGUUUCUUUGAGUGCUGUCAAUAUAAUUUGUGCUAGCCAGAGUGAAGUCACUAUGCUUAUCCUCCUAACAUGCACUCUGUUGUGUAAAUGCACUGUUGCCAGGUCAAAAGGCAUGUAAUUUAAUACCACAAUCAUAUCUAUCCGUUUUCUACAUUUCAGUGGCCUUUUUGCAGAAAGUAACCAAUAUUGUGUAUACGGCUAAGUGAGUUGAUGCUUUCUUAUUUUUAUUUUUGUUAGCUUUUAUAUUUUCACUGACCCAUGAACAGUGUAAUACUGGCACAUGAAUCUAAUCCACUGAAAAAGCUUGGUAAUUAAACAAAACUGUAAAUUGUAAAGCUUGCAGCAGCUAUUGUAUUGUUAACUAUAAUGUAUACUAUAUUAAAUGUGAAUUUGUACCCCUAUAAUUUGCAAAACAAAAAAGGUCAUUGUGAUCUACUGCCUAUAUUUUGUGGGUUUUGUUUUCUUUUGGGUAUCCAGACUUGAUGUCCUCCUGUUGGUUUCUAAGUUUUAUGAAGAUACAUAGCCUCUCUUUUACUGCCAAGCUCAGGAUUCUUGACUUUUUUAAAAGGUACAAAGAUAGUUGUGGGAUUUUGUUAUAUUCAUUUAAUAUGUAUGUGGGGUGUUAGGGAUUUGCGUCUUGAGGAUACAGAGCAGAUAAAAAGAAACAAACCUGUGUGGCUGGUGAAGGCCACCUGGAGAUGAAAGUUUAAUUAUUAUGGACUGUACUUGGUAAAGCUUGGGUGUCUGUGAAGAAUGAUGAAAUAUAUUUCUAAUUUAGUAUUUUAUAUUUAGUUUAUUUAUUCUUUAUCUGAAACAGAUUGGCUACUGUGCUACAUUGAUUUUAUUGGUAGUACUGAGCAGGCUCUGUAUCUGCAUGAAACUAGUAACAAACUUAAUCUUUUGGAGAAAAGUGUAUUUUGACAUAUACAAAUAAAAUGAAUUAAAGUAUUUUCACUGUG